AUGCUGUCCUCAUGCCCAUUGGAUGUGGCAGGAGGCGCUGCUGUAGACGACAAGCAGCUUGGGCUUCUGGGAGUGAGGCCAGUGAAUGGAAGCCAGCAGUCCAACCGUUGCAGCAUGCCACGUGGCAACUUGCCUUCCUCCCCGCGUGCCACCUGCAGUCCCCCCUCACCACCCCCUGCCACAUGCCUUGCCCGUCCCAAUCGGGCCACCGUUGCUGCCAGUGGUGCUCUUGGUACCGCCACUGCUACCGUUGCUGUUGCCAGUGUUGCGUCUGUCGACAUUGCAACUGCCAGCAUUGCAAGCGCCAUGGGAGCUGCUUCUGGAGCUGGUGCCGGGCCUUGGGUGCACGCCAGUGCCCGAGAUGCUGCUUGUGCUGCUGCUGGCAGGCAUGCCGUGACAGGAGCAAGUGUCGUGGAGAAUGGUGGGGAUGCUGAUACGUACGCCAAUGCAGUCGAUGGUGAUGCUCCUCCUGACGCUGCUCUUCAUACGGCUCCAGAUGUGCAUGCAUCAGUGCAUGCUGCGAGUCUCAAGACACACUCUCCGUCUGACCCUCUGGUGAGUGUGAUAGCAGAUGAGGCGGGGGCAGGCUGUGCCUGUGUCAUCACGGGGACCGGUGCCAUCACAGGGGGCGGUGCCAUCACAGGGGGCGGUGCCAUCACAGGGGGCGGUGCCAUCACAGGGGGCGGUGCCAUCACAGGGGGCGGUGCCAUCACAGGGGGCGGUGCCAUCACAGGGGGCGGUGCCAUCACAGGGGGCGAUGAUGCUGGUGCAGCAGGAGUGGAUGGGGGAGAGGAUGUGCCGUCAGCAGGCGCGGAUGGGGAGGCGUUGGUGGGAGAGGGGCGCGAGGGGGAGAGAAUGCAAGGGGAACCCGAGCAGAGGAAUGAGGGGAAGGAGGAGGGAAACGGAAAAGAGGAGGUAAAUGAAGAGGAAGGGGAAAACGGCGAGUGGGGAGAAGAGGAUGAGGAGGGUUUGCCAGGGACGACAAGUGGGCAUGAGUUUUGGGCUAGAAGCAUGCCUGUUAGCACUGGUGGUGGAGGUGGAGGUGGUGGUGGGGAUGGUGAUGGUGAUGGGGAUGGUGAUGGUGAUGGUGAUGGGGAUGGUGUUGGGGAUGGGGAUGGGGAUGGGGAUUGUGGUGGUGGUGAUGAUGGUGACGGGGAUUUGGAUGGGAAUGGGGAUGGUGACAGGGAUAAUGGAGUGGAAUCAUUAGGCAGAGGUGAGUUGCGGCAGGGUGUUGGGGGGAGGGCAUUGGAGCACAGCGAAACUUCUCCCACUGACACAGCUGUGGGCAGUGAUUCAAGGGAGAUGGGCGUGGGUGUGCUGGUACCCCAGGCGCAACAAGGUGCUCGUGGUGCUGCCGGUGGGGUCACUAAGGCUCACAGACGCACUGCUGCUGCUGGCGCCACUGAUUCUGACACGCAUGAAGGGGAACCGGUGCUCGGAAAGAGGGGUUUGGGAAGAGAGGGUUUGCGAGGUGGAGAGCCUAGCGCGCCUUUGGAGGCGCUUCCAUUGGCGAGAGACAAGGAGGGGGGCGAGCAGUGGCAGCAGGAGGCGGAGCAGGAGCAGGGAAGAGUGAGUGCGCUUGCCGUCCCACAUAGAAAUGGCGUCUCAGAUUCUGUUGGCAGGGGCGCCGGCCUUGCUGCCAGGCGUGGUGGUGAGAGUGGCAGCACAGAUGCUCGUGCUGCGAUGCUCGUGGGGGCUGCGCCCGCAGGGCAGGACAGGCCAGCAGGGCAGGACAGGCCAGCAGGGCAGGACAGGCCAGCAGGGCAGGACAGGCCAGCAGGGCAGGACAGGCCAGCAGGGCAGGACAGGCCAGCUCGUGGGGUGUUGGGCGAGGAAGGGGUGAGGGUGAGCAGGGAGGGUGGUGAGGGCAGUGAGGGUGGCAAGGGUGGGCAGGAUGUGCAGGGGAAGGGGGGCGAGACGGGAGGGGCGAGUGAGCAGGGCAGCGCGGGUGCGAGGGAAGAGGGGGCGGAACAAGAGGAGUUGCCGAUAAAGGCCUCCAGCUCCUUGAUGAUGGCGGCGAGCCAUAGCGGAGCGUCAGGGCACGCCAUUGCCUCCUCGUACGUGGUAGGAACGAAAAUGGAGGGAGCAGAGGAGAAGGCGAAGACAGGUGUGCCGGAGAGGUCGAACGUGAUGGGUAGAAGCGAGGGGUCAUAA